AUGAAGCACACACUGGUGGCUGUGCUUUUCCUCAUGCAGGGCGCGAGUGCUCUGGCUGAGACGACAGCAGCAACAGGAGUGACUGGUCAUCUCAGUACGAUGCUUCCAUAUCUGACUCAGCCUGGGAAUACGAAUGGCAAAUUGCUCCCUUCCCCAAAGCUCUUUGCCAACGUGUCCGGCUCUGUGAAUGAUGAGGGAACUUGUCAGUGCUCUGUGUACUUGCCAGAUACCACCUUUCCAGUGCAGAAGGCUGAGCAACUGGAAAUUAUAGCCACAACGCUCUCGGAGAAGUUUGAGGCAGAGCUUUCUAAAGUUAGGGAGUACUCAAAAAGAAUUGAACUGUAUCAGCAGCAAAUCCUCAAUUUAACCAUCAGAGUGCAGCAAGUGGAGAUGGGCAGUGUAUCUUACACGGAGCUGGACUUCCAGUUACUGAAAGUGGAAAUCAGUGACCUGGAGAAGCUGGUCACUCAGCUGAAACCCAGCCUUGUUGGAAGCAAUGCCAUCGUUGAGCAAAUAUAUUUGGAGAUCACCAAUCUGACUAUACUGGUAAAUGAACUAGAGUCACUGGACAAAAACAAUGUCCUUGCAAUUCGUCGACAAAUUGUGUCCCUGCAGAAUCGGUUGAAAGAGUGUGAAGAGAACGCAACCAGAACUACACCACCUCCUUAUUUCCCACCAGGUACCUGUGUUCACCGUGGACCGAUGAAUGUUAGCCAGCCUUAUGUUGCCAAGCUGAACUGGAGAGGAUUUUCCUACAAAUAUGGUUCCUGGGGUAGAGAUUAUGAUCCCUCUAACCCAGAGAAUGACGUCUAUUGGGUUGCACCAUUGAACACCGAUGGUAGAUACUUAGAAUACUUUAGAAUUUAUAAUUCUUUUGAUGAUUUGCUGCUGUUUAAAUACACGUAUGAAAGGAGAGUAACGUAUGGGGAAGGAAGUGGUGCUGCCCUUUAUAAAAAUUAUUUGUACUAUCAUUAUUAUGGUUCCAGAUAUAUGGUGAAGCACAAUAUAAACACAAACACUGAGGUUUUGAGGAAGGAGCUUCCAAAUGCUGUUAUUGGUAACCGUUUCUCUUAUGCAGGCGUAGCAUGGCAGGACAUAGAUUUUGCCGUGGAUGAAAGUGGGUUAUGGGUAAUAUAUUCAACUGAAAAUAACGUGGGCAACAUUGUGAUUAGCAAGCUCAAUGAGACCACACUUGAUGUGCUAAAUACUUGGCAGACGAGACAGUACAAGCCAUCUGUUUCCAAUGCUUUCAUAGUAUGUGGUGUUCUUUACGCCACAAGGCCGUUGAACACUAAGAAAGAGGAGAUCUUCUACAUGUAUGACACAAGUACUGGCCAAGAAAACAGAUUGAGUAUCAUCAUGGAUAAAAAGUUAGAUACAAUCCAGAGUAUUGAUUACAGCCCCAUAGAUCAGAAACUGUAUGUUUACAGUGAUAGUUACCUUGUAAGAUACGAUGUGACUUUUCAGCCUUAGUACCUCAGGGACAUUCACAUAUGACAAAACUGGCAGCAGCCAGUGUGAGAGAUCCAAUGGACCUUUAGACAAUGCUACUGUCAGUUCAGAGUUCAUCUAGCCUGGUGAUCUUUAUGUGGGGGUGUCUUACAGGUACUUAUACUCUUUAAAGGAAUUGCCCACUAUGACCACUAAUAUUGCUGCCAGCAGUUGGCAUUAUGGAGUUUCUUAGGUUUUUCUUGGUGUUUAUUGGUGCUCAGUGCUUUUCAAUUGUCCAUUUUCUGGGGGUUAGAUUCAGUGCUUUUUGUUUGCAGAAAUAGCUGGGUGCAGACUAUCUGGUGACCGAGUAGCUAAUUACCCACUGAUUUGCAUUUGUCAGAGUAACACAAGCAAGGCACUCAGAAACAGAAUGAAUUUCCACUGAUCUUCAUCAGAGUGAAAUGAGGCCUCAGAGAAAUUAAUUCAAGGAUUAAAAUAGAUUAGGAAGUAGACUUGGUUGGAAGACAGCAAUCCAUUUGUUAGUUGGAAGCAGUGGUAUCUGGCUUAAGGCUUUAGGAGGGAGGGUAAAAAUGCCCUUUGCUGUGUAGGGGCUACCGCAGGAAGGGAAGGCAUUGUGGAAGGGACAGGGCUCCCUGCCCUCGAUAGCCCUGAUGCAGUGGGACACUGGCCCCUGGCCCCCAACUCUGGCUGCCUCCAAGCAGUUUACACUCCCAAGCUGCCACACUACCAGGCUGCCUUAUUGGAGUGCUUGUGGAGGCA